UGUUGUGUGUGCGGGUUGUAGGAAGGCCUUUCGCUUCUUAGCUAGAGCAAAGCAGAGCCGAUCCAUGGCACGGCAAAGGAAGAUUCACAGACUGAACUGCUGACGCAACAUUAGGACAUGGAAGAGACCAAAAGGCAGAAAAGAGGAGUUUUUCUCAAACAUGACUAAAUGUUUCAUUCUUGGGAGUGGCCAGACAACAUCGUGUAUUUAAAGGCUUGAAACCUCUGCCUUCCCACAUCUGGACACACAUCCUGAUCUGAAAGUGCUUUCCGGCUUUUCUACACAUUCCUUGACAAUGGCCCGCAACGGCCUGGAGAUUAUUUUCAUUGGUUUGACCUGCUGCCUGCAUGUUGGUGCCGCUUUGAUUACAACUCCUGAUUUUUGCAGUCUCUUCUCCAAAAGGACACCGAAAGGACUGCAAGAUGAUCCAGAUCUUAGGUUCCUCCUGAGAGGGAGCCACCUCCUGAAAGUCAGGUCCAAAUCAUGGAGGAAGGAAAGGUUCUACAAGCUCCAGGAGGACUGCAAGACCAUAUGGCAAGAAUCCAAGAAGUUGUUGCCAUCGCCUGAAUCACAAUUGUUCUCCAUUGAGGACAUCCAGGAAGUGAGGGCAGGCCACAAGACGGAAGGGAUGAAGAAAUACGUCAAGGAUGUACCUGAAAACCGCUGCUUUUCAAUCAUCUUCAAAGGCGACAAGACAAACCUGGACCUCAUCGCUGCCUCUGAAGCCGACGCCAACCACUGGGUCUCCGGGCUGAGAAAGAUCAUCGCCAAGAACAACAACUUGAACCAGAGGCAGAAAUUGCAACACUGGAUCCAUGCCUGCUUGAGAAAGGCAGAUAAGAAUAAGGACAACAAAAUGUCGCUGAAUGAGCUCAAGGACUUCCUGAAGGAAAUCAACAUCCAAGUAGACGACAACUACGCGCGGCAGAUUUUCGAGCAAUGUGACAAGUCUAAGACAAACACCUUGGAAGACGACGAGAUAGAGAUCUUCUAUAAGAUACUGAUGGAGCGAAAAGAGAUAGACCGGAUCUUCUCAGAACAGUCCAAGGGCAAAAAGACCAUGUCUCUGGACGAUCUGGUGGGCUUCCUCCGAACUCAGCAACAUGAGAAGAACGCUUCGCCCAAACUGGCGCUCUCUCUGAUCGAGAAAUAUGAACCCAACAAAGCUGUCAAAGGUCAACGAUCUAUGACCAAGGAUGGCUUCCAGAUGUAUCUUCUGUCAGCUGAUGGGAACAUAUUCAAUCAGGAUCACAGCCGGAUCUACCAGGACAUGAACCAGCCACUCAGUAAUUAUUAUAUUUCAUCUUCACACAAUACCUACCUCAUGGAGGAUCAACUGAAGGGGCCCAGCAGCACAGAGGCCUACAUCAGGGCCCUGACAAAGGGCUGCCGAUGUGUGGAGCUGGACUGCUGGGACGGCCCCAAUUCUGAGCCGAUCAUUUACCAUGGCUACACACUCACCUCCAAGAUCCUUUUCUCCGACGCCAUAAAAGCCAUCAGGGACUAUGCUUUCAAAACCUCUCCGUAUCCCGUCAUCAUCUCCCUGGAGAACCACUGCAGCCUUGAUCAGCAGAAGAGGAUAGCCCACCACCUCCAUACCAUCUUGAAAGACAUGCUCUUGGUGGCACCCAUUGACCCCAACGCAAAUGUGCUCCCUUCACCAGAGCAACUCAAGGGGAAGAUUCUGGUGAAAGGAAAGAAGCUUGGCCUAGAAACAGAAGAAGUCUCAGACGAGGAUGAAGCAGCCGAAAUGGAAGAUGACAUUGUGAAGAAAGGAAUGGAAAGGAAGAGGACGAGUGAGAAACUAAAGCUUGCAAAGGAGCUCUCCGAUACGAUCGUCUACUGCAAAAGCGUCCACUUUAAAGGCUUCAAUAGUGCAACUCCUCCAGCCUUCAACGAGAUGACGUCCUUUACGGAGAGCAAGGCUUUUAAGCUAGCUCAGGAAUCCGGAACCAGCUUCAUCCGUCACAACACCAGGCAGCUAAGCAGGAUCUACCCAGCAGGAUGGAGGACGGAUUCUUCGAACUAUAAUCCGGUCGACAUGUGGAACGUGGGCUCCCAGAUCGUUGCACUGAAUUUUCAGUACAAGGGACUAGAAAUGGAUGUCCACCAGGGACGAUUCCAGGACAACGGGUUCUGCGGGUACGUCCUGAAGCCGGAAUUUCUUCGGGAUCCGCAAUCUGAAUUCAACCCCAAAGCCAUCACGAAAGGGCCGUGGUGGACCCCGAAGAAACUCAAAGUCAAGAUCAUCUCAGGACAGCAGCUGCCCAAGGUUAACAAAAACAUAAACUCCAUUGUCGACCCGAGGGUGAUUGUGGAGAUCCACGGGGUCCAGAAGGACAACGACAAGAAGCAAACCAAAGUCAUCAAUAACAACGGUUUUAAGCCAACUUGGGACGAAACGUUUGAAUUCAAGGUACAUGUCCCUCAGCUUGCCCUGGUCCGCUUCAUGGUGGAAGAUUUUGACACCGCGACAAAGAACGACUUCAUGGGACAAUUCACCGCCCCCUUCCUGAGCCUAAAAAAAGGUUAUCGUCAUAUUCAUCUCCUGACGAAGAACGGAGACCAGUGUUCAUCCGCCACACUUUUUGUGCACAUCGCUAUUGUGGACAGCAACUAAAUAACAUGUUCUGAACAUUUGCAUUCCAAAUGGAAUCUGCUGCAAAGCUGUGAUUUGGUCCUGCUCUUUGGCCCAUUGGGAUAUGGCUGAGUGUCUUCCCAUAUAUUUGGGUUGGAAAUGUAUUUGGGCCGAACAUGAUCGUACUGACAAUAAACUUUGACAUUAAUAAGCUCAA